GACUCAUACUGUAUUCAUACAAAGAUCGAAGAAUAAGAAGACGAACCUAGUAGGCGGAUAUAACCAUAGACAGUAAAAGAAAUAUAACCAGUCAAAAUGAUCGGAGAUCUUUUAAUUUUGGGCACUCUGCUCAUGAACGCCGGCGCUGUGCUCAACUUUAAACUAAAGAAAAGAGUAACGCAGUCUCAAGGGUUUGGCGAUGAAUCUGGAUCGUCCAGCACUGGAGACAACAUCAGAGAGUUUCUGCUGAGUCUGCGGUACUUUCGCAUAUUCAUUGCUCUCUGGAACGUUUUCAUCAUGUUUUGCAUGAUCUUGUUAUUUGGAUCAUAGAUUGCGGUUACAUUGAGGAUCAUUACAGACACAAAAGGAGAAUUAUUGCAGCACUGGUGGAUUUAUUGUAAUCUUUUUAGUGUUGGAUGUCUUGGAAGUCUUAUCUAACAUCUGUAUAUUUUGUACAAAGGGUGUAAAUAGCUUUUUCUGCUUGUGCAUCAAAUAGGGAUAGAACACAUGGAAACUAUACGUUUAAAUAUAGUCUAAAGAGUAGCUUGAUGGUCUUUUCUUAGUGCCCUACACAAGUAUUGUCAGCUAUGUCAGUUUAGUGGAUGUACAAUUCACUAGUGUAAAUCUUUGGAGAACAAAGCCUUGUGACUUUUUAAUUCCUGUAUUUUAGAAACAAAUCAUAUAAUUUAACGCAUGCAUUUAAUUUUGCUCCAUUUGAAUGUUCCCUAAAAAUAAAACGUCACACUACUGAAA